CGGCGUUGCAAGUCACGCAACCAUCGUCCGUUUGGCGAGCUACACCCACUACCAGUUCCCCUUGCGUGACGGGAAGCGAUUGCUAUGGAUAUCACCGGCCCCUUCCCGAAGCACAAGACCGGCGUUGAUGGGAUCCUCACGGUCGUCGACCGCCUCACCAAGUACGCCAUGUUUUUGYCKUGCCGCUAUCAYGCAAAGGCACCKGAGUUAGCCGAKGUCUUAUACACCGGUUGGAUUCGCUCCAAGGGCUACCCUAAGGAGAUCGUUUGCGACCGGGACACUCGCUUUCUCUCCGACUUUUGGGUCGCCCUCGUCAAGCGAUGGGGCUCAUCUUUGAAGCCGAGUUCGGCUCGCCACCCGCAAACCGAUGGUCAAACGGAAAGGGCGCAUCAGACCGCUCAAGUCCUUCUACGCACUCUCAUCCGUCCCGACCAGGUUGAUUGGGUUGAGCGCUUGCCAGACGUUGAGUUGGCUUACAACUCAUCGAUCCAUCCGGCUAUCGGGAUGUCGCCAUUCAAGUUUGAGCAUGGUUCACCCAUCUCAUCGCCGCUGGACACCACUUUGCUGCGCACAGCCGAGAGCGACGACCAUCUUGCGUUCCUUCGUCGCAUGCAAGAGCUUCUUGUCAAGGCACGGGAUCAGAUGUCGACGACACAAAUACGGAUGAGCCGUCAAGCCAACCGCAAUCGCCUUCCUUGCCCGUUCCGCGCCGGCGAUCUGGUUUGGGUCUCCGUCGCGGAGUUCAGCCUUGAGCAAGACAUCUCUCGCAAGCUCCUCCCCAAGUGGAUGGGGUCUUGGCGCAUUCUCUCUGCAGUUGGUGAUGAUCCCGAGGGGCCYUCAUUCCGCAUCGCGGUGCCACCUCACUUGCCCGUCCACACGGUGUUCAACUGUUCCAAACUCGCUCCUUUUGUCUCGGCGAAGUCCGACCAGUUUCCCGGUCGACGUACGCAAGACCCUCCUUCCAUGGACGGAUUUCAGGAGGCCGGCUACAUCAUCACCGACCGGCGCCAUGGCAACAAAGAAACAGAGUUUCUACUUCACUUUUCCUACUGCAGCCACAAGGCUGACCGUUGGCUGACGCGUUCGGAACUGCAGGCCACAACUCCCGCCGUUCUCUCACGUUAUCCUAGCAAAGGGAAGACUACGCCGAGCACUCCAUCUCCUCGCCUUCCUCGCUACAUUCCGCCAUCGGAUCGGCAGCUUCGCCCGCGCCCCGACUCGUCUUCAUAAGGAGGGGGGCGUGUUACAUGCUGAAAGCCUACACACGGGCCCCUCACGGGACCCGAGGUUGGAAUAGGGUCCCCAGGUC